GCUUACUUUUCAUUUUCCUAAAAUCUUUGAUUCUCGGGAUUCAGCGUGUCAUUCCGCGACCAUGGGCGCUCAAGUUAUUCCACCAGAGACUACCAGUACCGCUCUUGUAGUGAGCAAGCCUCAAAACACAAAUGGUCCUAGAGUGAAAGAUCUUAUUCUGAUGUUUGAAAAGCUUGGAAAAGAAAUCAUCUAUCUUUGCGAAAGGAAGCACGAGGAGAAUAUUCAAAGAGCUCUUCCCGAGAAGGAGAGGGCUUUCACUGAUUAUCUUUCAUCGAAAUUUUCUGAAAUUGCCGACAAUGCCAAUGUGAAGAUUCAAGAAAUGAUCGCCGAACUGGGUCUCGAUCUGCCACUGGAGAAACCGAGAGAGAUCUCUGUUACACAUAUUGAUGAAAACAAUCAAAAGUUCAUUACCGCAGAAAGGGAGAUUAAUGCCAUCCAGAAGGAACAUUUGAGGAGGAAUUUCGACGAAUUUAAUCUUGGAGUUUCUACCAUUCUUGAAAUUUCCGCUAUUGAGACAGCACCCUCAUUCAUCCAACUUGCAGAGAGCCCGGAUGACACAGUCGAAAUUGCGCAUAGUCAUGAAGAAAAUUGCUCUCUCAAGAAAGCACUUGAAGACUCAAGACAAACUCUGGUCAAAUUGAAAGCUGAAAAAGAGGAUGAAAAUGACGUUCUCAAAAGACAAAUUCAACAUUACAAAGUGAUCGCGAAGUCUUGUUCUCGUGUCCGUCGCGGAUUCUACAAUUCUGGACGCCGUUUCUACCAAGAUGGUGAAUUCCAUAACGUCGAAGGCCGCGCUCCAGCCCUGAGAGAGGUGAACGAUCGUCGGAAUGAUGCAUGUCAUAGAGGAGACAUCGCGACCGAUUAUGCGCUGUUCAAGGUUGAUCUGGAUCAUACUGGUUGGAAUGUCACAGGCCAGUAUUAUGUUGAUUUUACCAAUUCGUAUCACGUCACACCUCACGAAUGGGGAAAGAUUUACUCAGUCUCCAGAUCUGAUCCCCACCCGGUUCUUAUUGAGGUCUUGAACAUGAACGCAACCUUAUAUCACUGCUACUCCAACACGAAGUACAGCCAUUGCAAAGCGGAUGACGACCAUUUCAACGAACAAUUCGCAAAGCUUUUCGCUAAAUUCAAGCACCUGUUGGAAAAGAUAGACCAUUCACAAGCGAUCGACCGAUACAAAUACCUGGUGAUUUUUAUCAAGAAUGCCGCGAAAGAGCGGAAGGUUAUGGAGGAAAUAGUUGGAAAAACUAUUGCACGCGAGAGAGCUCGGAACUUCAAUCGAGCCUGAUCAAUUUUUUCACGUAGGCUUUGAAGAAUGAGUCGAUAGAACACAGAAGGCUUUUAAUUAUCGAUGACAAUAUUUUUUAGAUGGUGGAAGUUACUCGGCACAAAGCUGGCAUGCUUUUUUUUCUUCUUUUGUUUAAAUGGAUAGUCCCUAGUUCCUGGAACCAAACCAUUCAUUGCAGCGAACGUACAGACGGCAUGCGUUUUACCACAUUAACUUGUACCGAAUUAGUUUAAUACGAAACAGAAAAUCGAAAUUCAUUCAAAAUGAAACUGCAGAAUAUUAAGGAAGCCCGACUUCCAAACAUAGACACACGCAUGCAUCAACCGUGACUAUUGCCACGGCGAUGAAUUCAGGAUCUCUGGUACCCUAGAUCGGACUUGCCUUCAGAUGUACAUCGAAAAGUCAAUCCUUCUGCUCA